UAAUUAAAAAGUAUUUCUUUACCAGAAUCAAGUAGAAACUCGCCUAAGAUGAUGCAGAUGAAAGCCCUGUUCGGGAUCCUGGCUGUUUUGACCAUCGUUGUCCUGGCCGCCAACCUGGCAGAUGCCAAUGAUUGUCUGUCUGGAAAGUUCUCGGGACCCUGCUUCGCCUGGGAUGGAGAACUGUGCAGGCGCCUCUGCAAGGAGGAAGGACGAGUCAGUGGACAUUGCAGUGCCAGCCUAAAGUGUUGGUGCGAAGGAUGUUAAAUCAAAUUUUUGACUUGUGCGCACAGAUAUAAAUUUCAAAUAUAUUUGAUUUAUUAGAGCAGCA